AUGGUAGACACAGAUUAUAAGAAAGCUCGAAAAUUUGAAGGAGGCUUGACUUUGGAAGUGUUUGAUAGGGUCGGUGUAUUAAAACUUCUUAAAUAUGUGGAUGUGCUUGAUAGAGCUUUAAAUGCUGAAGCUAAUUUAGCUGCAAUGAAACAAAUAAAAGCUCUAACAACUAAAUGUAAAGGCAAAAGAUUUGGGUUUAAUUCCAGAAAAGGAGCUUGCUUCCGGUGCGGCAAGAUUGGCCACAUGAUGAAAGAUUUCCCACUCACAGUUGACAAUGUCAAUCAUCCUACGGCAAGUUCAACUGGAUCCACUCCUACACCAAGAACUAAUACUAGAGCUAACACCGGUGAGGAAAGUUUGAGACAAGGUCGAGUUUUUGAUCUUGUGCCUGGAGACGUCCAAAAUACCAACUCUAUGGUGUUAGGUAUACUUCUUAUUUGUGCUCAAAAAGCAUGUGUCUUAAUAGACUCUGGAUCUACCCAUUCAUUUGUGUCACAUGUUUUUUCUCAGAAAUUGACUAGACCCUUGGAAACUAUGAACUACUUGUUAUCGGUAUCUACACCAUCUGGGGAUUCUAUGGUAUGUGCUUAUGUGUAUCCUGCAUGUGAUGUUAUAAUUAGAGAAGCACUUUUAUAUGUUGAUUUGCUGCCAUUAGAUAUAGAUCAUUUUGACUGCAUAUUGGGUAUGGAUUAUUUGACAAAAUAUCACCCUACCAUUGAUUGUGUUGCUAAAUCAGUUGUGUUCCGACCACCAGGGUACCUAAAUUUGUGUUUGUAG